AUAAAAUAUUGCUACCCUAAAAACAACCCAAGAAUCCCCAAAGUUUGCGGUUGCCCUGUCUGCUUUGCCCAAUUCAAACCUCCCCAAAUCCGAUCAAAACCAUAAGCAAAAGACGAAUCAGAAGUGCCAAUCCUCUCUUCAAUCGAUCUCCGACCUUGCGAUCCGAACGAUCUCUGCAGCUCCAUAAAAACCAUGUUUCGUCAAGUGGCUUCUCGCCUCCUCGCCCGAUCCACCAACACUUACCCCGCCGGCGCCGCUGCUACCCUUCGCCGGCCCUACUCGACCGAGGUCUCUGCUGAUAACGCACCCGGUGACAGUGCAUUCGUCGAGGCAUGGAAGAAAGUGGCUCCCAACAUCGAUCCACCAAAGACACCGAUCCAGUUUAUGCAACCCCGUCCUCCUACACCUUCCACCUUGCCCUCUAAACUUACUGUGAAUUUCGUUCUCCCUUACGCUUCAGAACUUUCUAAAAAAGAGGUUGAUAUGGUGAUAGUUCCUGCAACAACAGGGCUAAUGGGUAUUUUACCAGGACACGUGCCAACAAUCGCUGAGCUAAAACCAGGCCUUCUUUCAGUCCAUGAAGGAAACGAUGUGAAGAAAUACUUCAUCAGCAGUGGGUUUGCUUUUGUUCAUUCAAACUCUUAUGCAGACAUAUUGGCUGUAGAAGCUGUACCACUUGACAGAAUUGAUCCAGCACAAGUACAAAAGGGAUUAAGUGAGUUUACACAGAAGCUGGGGUCUGCAUCAACUGAUUUAGACAAGGCUGAAGCACAAAUUGGUGUGGAUGUUCAUAGUGCUCUUAACUCUGCUCUUACAGGCUAG